AUGGGAAUCGAUCACACUGAUUCUAUCAGAAAUUCGCUGGGAGAAUUGACGGUUAAAAGAGAUGAGAUCAUCAAGCUUUUUCAUCAGUCGAAGGACAGCCUGUUGUUGUCUGAGCGGAUAAAGACACUACGAGAGAGGUAAUGUUGUAACAAUGGUUUAAAACAGGGCUCGCGAGAAAGUCGAGCAACCGGAAAACAGGGGUGGCACAUUUUUACCAAGUUGGUCCUACAGGGCUGAAAUUUAGCCCAGUUAGUACACUAACAAAACAAAAAUUUUUGACACUUCUAUUUUUUUGAGAUUGGGCUUACUGUACUUUUACCGCAAAUUUUGUAUCACAAAAGCUAGACAUGCCGGAGAGUCGGGGGUGGUUCGGAUGGAUUGGUAUCAUUAUUCUGAGCUAGUUAUCUGUUGACAACGUUUUUCUAAAGUUUUGCCUAAGGCAAGAAAAAGUUGAUUCUUUGGAUCAAAAGUUACAGUAACCUAGAUUUCUCAAAAUUUUUUCAUAGUGCGGCAAAUUUUGAAGCUUUUAUUUAGAAGUGCUUUCCAUUGCCGUUCCAAUGAGUUUAUGAACACGCCUGUAGAGUGUCUCCUGGGGCAGAACCAGCCGUUUAAAGUUUGCAUUUACAGAAAAUGUGUCAUCAUGACAUAGUGUACAUUUCGUCGAACCGAAUGUAUUAUUGCAUAAAAUGGAGGCUGAUGGUCCUGUAGACGUAAUCAGGCCGUCCUUCGCAUCGAUUUACCUAUCUGACUGCCAUAAUACGUCGGGAUGACAUAUUUUCUGGACGCCGUGAAACCUAACAAAGGCGAGAAAGCCGAGCAACCGCAGGAUAAGGGAAACACAUUUUUACCAAGUUGCUCCUACGGGGCUCAAAUUUCGCAUACUGGGUAUACUAGCAAAAUAAAAAUUUUUGGCACUUUUAUUUUUUCGAAAUUUGGCUUACUGUAGUCGUACUGUAAUUUUACCGCAAAUUCUGUAAAGCAGUUGUAAGUAUGUUUUGAGACUUGGGACUGCUUUUAUUAGAUUCUAGAAAUCAUAUUGAGCACAUCUGAUGCAAAAAGAAACUUAAAAAUCCCUUUGGGUUUGAAAACGCAUAGCUUUAGGAAAAUAUUGUUACAGUAACUUAGUUUUUCCAAAACUUUACAUAUCAAAAAAAGUUCUUAUUUUUGUUCUUUGCUGUGUAUUGCGGUUGUAACAAGCCUAUAACCAUGUCUCUGUAGGGUCUCCCGCUCAAGAUACGAAGAUUUAAAGCUUGCCACCACGGUGGAUUCCAGAAAAUAUAUCAUCCCGACGAAUUAUGGCAGUCAGAUUGGUAAAUCGACACGAAAGACGGUCGGACUACGUCUAGAAGACCAUCAGCCUCCAUUUUAUGCAAUAAUACAUUCGGUUCGACGAAAUCUGCACUAUGUCAUGAUGACACAUUUUCUGUAAAUGCAAACUUUACACGGCUGGUUCUGCCCCAGGAGACACUCUACAGGCGUGUUCGUAGGCUCAUUCGAACGGCAAUGGAAAGCACUUCUAAAUAAAAGCUUCAAAAUUUGCCGCACUAUGAAAAAAUUUUGAGAAAUCUAGGUUACUGUAACUUUUGAUCCAAAGAAUCAACUUUUUCUUGCCUUAGGCAAAACUUUAGAAAAACGUUGUCAACAGGUAACUAGCUCAGAAUAAUGAUACCAAUCCAUCCGAACCACCCCCGACUCUCCGGCAUGUCUAGUUUUUGUGAUACAAAAUUUGCGGUAAAAGUACAGUAAGCCCAAUCUCAAAAAAAUAGAAAUGUCAAAAAUUUUUGUUGUGUUAGUGUACUAACUGGGUUGAAUUUCAGCCCUGUAGGACCAACUUGGUAAAAAUGUGCCAAGGGAUUCUCGAGUCUCUCGCGAACCUUGUUUUAAUCAACAUGGUUGUCGUCUUCAGAUUCACAAUAGAAUGCGAGGACUGUCUUAAUCAAAGAAAUAUCCAGUCAAAAGUUAUCGAUUUGGUAUGGGAAGUGGGUUGGUACUAUCCUAUAGACAUAUUUUGCAAAGCCAAUAAAAGGCCGGACUCUUCCGUCCUCAAACCUUUUCUUGACUCUGGAAUGGUGUAUUUUGAAACAUUAAAACCUUCAUACCCAGAUGUUGCAUACAAGAUCAGUAUUUUUUUGGGUGAUCUGCACCGUUACGCCUUCAAAUUAUGUAAAUCUGAGUCUAUUGAUUCAUCCAUCCGAUAUUAUUUGGCUUCUUUAAACGAGAAUUCGAGUAACAGCGCCGUUUACCUGAAGUUAUCGAUCGUUUACAAGGAGAAGGACCCCGAGCUUUGCAUUCUCUACUACUUGAGAUACUGUUUGCUUCGGAGGCCUACUGAUCUCGCAGCCAAAUUUCCGUUAAAAACGGAUGAUGUUAAUACUACAUUUUCGGCUCUCGCCUUCUGCAUGAUACGUAAUGUUGGGUAUGUCAACAUUGUUCUUCCUUACUUGCCUAUAAAGGGAUGAGAAACAGCUGAUGCUAAAUACCGAGAAAUUCCUAAAUAGUCGCUCAAAGGACAGUGUUGCCGAAUUUUUGACGGAGAACUAUGCUUUACUAGUAUUAUCAUCGUUUGUCUACUGCUUAAAAGGUAAGUUCUGGCGACAUACUGAGAACGGUAUAGAUCAACGUAAAGUGGAAUUGUUCACCGGAUUAUGGUGUCGGAUUUUUUGUUCUUCCUUGAAACUUUCCACCGACCACAUUGUCGAAAAGCUGGACAAAACAACGACUUUUUCGUUCAAAGAAUCACUCCCGACUGCUUUUUCCUUCUGUGGAAUCCCUCAAUCAAAAUCCCAUGGGAUCUUGUUAUUGCAGGAAUCCUCUCUAUUGAUUAUUGUACUAAACCAAUGGAUAAUAGAAAUGUGCUCUUAUUUCGAUAACCGAUCUUUGUCUGUUGGUCUUCGAAUGGUAAGUUCAACAUGUAUACAGUGAGUAUUUAUGCUUUAGUAACAUCCCUAGAAUCAAAAAAAAAAUGGUUUUUUAUCUUAUAGGUAAUGCAUUCCCUCUUAAACGCUUACGUACGUUUGCUGACACAUCUGCGAUGCUACAUAGAGCCAAUGUUGACAGAGGUCGAGGAAGAAAUAAGCUAUAAAUGGGCGAUUCAAGGGUUUGAGGUCCUGAAUAUCGGGGAUUCUGAAGAUUUGACGCUGAUUAAAGUAAUGGUGUCUUCACUCAAGCAUUCUCUCCAAAGGGAUGGCUUUCCGCUGGAUUUAGGGGCUGAGUUCACAUUUCAGUUUCCAAAGAUUAAUGUUUCCAAUCAUAAUGAACCCAAGGAACUCUCGAACUGGGUAUUUAUAUUUAUGUCAUGUGCCUUACUAAUUUUUUCAGAAACCGGAAUCCGUUGUUGCUCUUUUCUCAAAAGAUUGUUUUAUUAAUCAGUGGAGCAAAGUUCUGAGCUUUCUCAAAACGGCCAAUCUCAUUUGCUUACUAGAUGCUCCGUCUAUUCGGUACAUAAGAGAAACAGACAACUUCAGGCUCUCGCGGAUAGAUCGUGGAGUAUUAGAGGAGCUGAUUGCGUCCAAAAAAAUAUUGAUAAUUAAUUGCGAAAAAACGAAUCCACUGACCACGGCAGUUCAGAUGGCUCGUGGCCUUACAGAAAGCGAACUGAAUACCGUCAUUGUAAUUUUCGACCCCGCUGAAACGAUUGAAGAAGGUGGACGAGGUAAUUUAUAUAACCGAAUUUGGAUUUUUCUUUUUUUUUUAUUUUAUUUGGGCAUUUUUGUAGUGGCAGGAAUAUCAAUUUUGUCAAUUCAAGAAUUUGAAAAACAGUUGACAUUCAUGAAAGGAAACGAGGACGACGAUGACGGGAGCCGGGAACUCUCACGUACGGAUCCAGAGGAAAUUUCGGGUUGA